AUGGAGACCAAGCAGAGCACGGAAGGGAAAUGGUCGCACGGGAAGACCAUGCCGGUGAAGAACGUCCAGGCGCUGGCCGCGAACGCGGCGGAGCUGACGGAGGAGGCCAUCAAGCGGUACAUCAGGCCGGCGAGGGCCGACGAUGUGGCCGUUGCUGCUCACGGCGAUGAUAGCAGCCAGAGCAUUCCUGUGAUCGACCUUGGUAGGCUCCUCGAUCCCCAGAGCUAUCAGCUGGAGGCGGCCAGGCUCAAGUCUGCUUGUAAUACAUACAAUUUACAGGUGAAAAAUCAUGGAAUUCCUGACACAGUUCUUGAAAACAUGAGGAACAACCUCGAGCACUUCUUCAGGCUUCGCCUUGAUGAGAAGAACAGAUUUGGCCGGUUGCCUGGAGACCUCCAAGGCUAUGGCCAAGCAUUUGUUGAGUCCGAACAUCAAACGCUCGACUGGUGUGACAGGCUUUACCUAGUGACCCAGCCACCUCACGAUCGCGAAAUGAGACCAUGCCCUACAACUCCUGUCAGCUUCAGGGAAUCCAUUGAGUCGUACUCCUCUGAGCUGAUGAGGGUGGCUGGCUCGCUCAUGGCAAUCAUCGCUAGAAACCUAGGCGUUGAUCUCCUCAGAGAUACGUAUGUGAGUCAGGCAUUGAGGAUGACCUACUACCCUGCAUGCCCCAUGGCUCAUGAUAAGGUUUUGGGGAUUUCACCACAUUCCGACAUUUCUAUGCUAACGCUGGUAUGGGAGCUGAAUAUGGUGGGAGGGCUCCAGAUCAAGAGACAAGAUGCAUGGGUGCCGGUAAAACCCCACCCCAAGGCAUUGGUGGUGAAUGUUGGUGACUUUCUUGAGAUAUUGACAAACGGAAAGUACCAAAGCAUUGAGCACAGGGUCACCGUUAAUCCUCGCAAGGAGAGGAUGUCCAUUUCUGCUUUUCACCUCCCAAAGUUUGAUAUGAGCGUGGGCCCACUAUCUGAAAUAGUUGGAGCCGAGCUCAAGAAAUACAAGACCCUGAGGGUGGACGAGGUAGCUAAGGUUGUUUUCUCGAUCAGACUUGACGGGAAGAAAACCAAGGACUAUGCCAUGCUUAGCGUCUGAGUCUACAAGAGCAGAAACUUGGAGCAGAAAUUUCAACACCCGUGGUUGCUAUAAUAAAGUAUAUAGGCCCGAAACAUUUGCGCUGCUCCACUUUGGUCAUGGUUAAUUGACCGAUGUAUACGAAUGUGAGCUGAUAAAUGUAUCCAGAUGUGAGAUAAUAUAUCAGAAUGUGUACUACUCAAAAUUUACGAAGUUUUUCUAAUUAAGCUGAAAAUGUACUUAACCAUAGCAUUUGCAUGUGGUUGUAUUUUGGGUUACUAACCCAAGUGGCCCAGUGGAGUAACUUGCUAACCCUGGAGAAGUGGCAGUCCAGUGGUGCAAACCCUGACAUGUUAAGAAGGCCAUGGAAAAUGAUGGGAGUAGUUACAGGGCAGAGUAUUAGGUUGUACUUGAUCAAGUUGGCCAUGUUAAUUAGUCUGUAAAUAAAGUUAACUGCAUGGCUUGCCAGUAAUACUGAUUAGGCCAUGUGAUUUUGACUUUUGAGUGAUAAUCAGUUUAGAAUUACAAGAAGCCACUAAAACUAGGCAAGAAUUUGCAUCGCAGUCUUGUAUGCAGCAAAGUUGCUCCUGGCAGCCCAAAGGUGCCAUCAAAUAUUCCAAGCAAAGUUACACAUGCACCUAGAACAAUGCGACAGCAGAUAAAAUCUAAUCUAGUUGCUUAUCGCCCUAACCUCGUUGAUGGGAUUCAAAGAAAAAAAUACUUACAAUUCAUUUGUCCUCUUCUUGUGCCCUCUUCACGCUUGGACUUUUCCAGCCAGUUUGUCCGGAACAGUAUUUGCACUUUGAUUCGAAGGCACUUUCCUGGGAUCUGGGCUGCUUCCGUAGUCUAGAAGCUUGCAGGUUCAGGGUAAACAAUUCAGCGCCAUUAUCGAAUGGAUCUCAUGAACGGUUGACAAAAUGAUAUGAUAUUAGCACAUAUAUAAUCUUAUGCAUAGUGGUGGAGUUCAUAUGUACUCUACUUGAUGACCCCCAACACCAGAACCAAAUAUACAGAGAUGCCACCACCACUUCAACCUACUGCAUGUACAGUGUACACACCCUUCACAAAGUCUCGCAGUCUGCUCAACUUGGUUGCAACCUGCAGCCGUCAUACGUGCUUCCGAACGAAACAGACUUGGUCAGGUGGCAACCAUGCAUGCACA